AUGAUGUCUCAAGACAUUGAUCCGCGUGGUAUGUUGAAACGUCGCUUGCUUCGCGGGGAGAUCACAUACGCCACUGCAAAGGAACAAGACGCCAAUAUCCUUCAUCAGUUGGGAUACAGGGAUCAGAAGAUUCGGUAUUUCACCCAUCUCUAUCGAAAUCGGCAGCAGAUCAAGUCAAUUGUGGCCCACCAUCUCGGCCUCAGUUCAGCAGACAGAUGUCGGAUGGUUGAUGUUGAGGACUGGAUACAUGGCAGCUUCAACGUUUGCAUCCGGGUUGAUGUCGAUGGCCAAAGGGGAUAUCCCGGGACACAGGUGAUGAUACGAUUCCCCUUGCCUUACCGGAUUGGAGAGGAAUGCUGCCCUGGAAAUGCGGAUGAGAAGGUCCGUUGUGAAGUUGGGACCUACGUGUGGCUCCAAGCGAACUGCCCAACUGUCCCUAUUCCACGGCUUUAUGGGUUUGGGCUAUCCACUGGCCAAACUUUUACUGUUCUCGAUCAUGUGCCUUUCAUAACCCGUGUUAUCCAGCGUCUACGCCGGUGUUUGUUGAAUUGGUUGAAAUAUCCGUCUCCAUCCCCUUACGUUCAGCAUCAGACUAAAGAUCAAAAUGUAUUAGGAACCCCCUAUCUUUUGAUUGAGUAUAUUGAUCCAAUGAGAGGAAAAAUGCUUUCUGAAACAUGGGAAGAAGGGCGCCACAAUACCACAUUGCGCACGAACCUCUUUCGUGGUCUCUCCCGCAUUAUGUUGACCCUGGCACGUAUUCCGUUACCGAAGAUCGGUUCCUUUACUCUAGAUGAGAAGGGGUACUUGAGCUUGAAUAACCGGCCUCUGACCCUGGAAAUCCAUCAGCUGGAAAAUGAGCACAUCCCAGUCGACAUGCCGCGGAAUGCGACUUAUGCCACGGUCGAUUCUUAUGUUAAUGACAUCCUCGCCUUCCAUGAAAGUCGGCUUCGCCACCAGCCUAACGCAGUCAAUAACAUCGAAGAUGGCUUCUAUCAGACAUCCGCUUUAAUGGUUAUGAGAAGCGUCUGGUCUUGCUUUUUCCGCCGUGAUCUCCUUCGAGGCCCGUUCUUCCUUAAUCUCACAGAUCUUAACCAGACCAACAUCUUUGUUGACGAGGAUUGGAACAUUAAAUGUCUGAUCGAUCUCGAGUGGGCAUGCUCCCAUCCGGUGGAGAUGAUCCAUCCUCCGCACUGGUUAACAAAUCAAGCUGUCGAUCUGAUCAGCAUUGGUGACUACGAAAUUCUUCGAAAAGAGUUCAUGAUGGCCUUCGCAGAGGAAGAGACGAAAAUCGAGCUACCAGUCCGGCUCUAUCCUAUCUUGCAGGGUGGGUGGGAGAGAGGAACAUUUUGGUAUUCUCUCGCGCUCAGCAGCCCCACUGCUUUGUUUAAGAUCUUUUAUGAUUUUAUUCAACAGAGGUUUUCGACAGCCCACGACGAUCCCGCUUUUUGGAAGAUCACUAUGCCGUACUGGACCUUUAAUACUUAUGAGUUCAUUAAAAAUAAAGUGAGGGACAAGGAGCAAUACGAUGUCUGUUUACGUGAAGCCUUUGAGAUUGGAGAUCCUCAUGGCUAG